AAUGUAAAAAACGGUGUACCACAUGUUUUUCACCAGUUUAAAAAGUCCUAUUACAUAAACUGAAUUUCAUACACGUUUUUAUUGUCAAAAUGGCAAGCAAAGGCAGGGUUGUCAUUUGCAUGUUGCGCAACGAUCUACGUUAUCAUGACAAUGAGGUACUUGCUUGGGCCAAUAAGAAUGGAAAUUGUUUACUGCCAGUUUAUUGUUUUGAUCCCCGUCAUUAUAGUGGAACUUACAAAUUUGGAUUUCCUAAGACAGGUGCUCAUCGUUUGAAAUUUCUCUUAGAGAGUGUUAAAGAUCUUCGAAGCACAUUAAAGUCACAUGGCAGUGGUCUGGUUGUGCGAAAUGGUAAGCCAGAAGUGGUAAUACCAGAGUUAAUUCAGAAGCUUGGUAGCGAAUCUGUAUAUGCAGUUGCUUUCCAUGAAGAGGUAACUCAGGAAGAAAUUGAUGUGGAACUUGCUGUUGAGAAACAGUGUACAGGCAAAGUUAUACAAAAAAUCUGGGGUCAUACAUUAUUUCACAGAGAUGAUCUGCCAUUUUCUUACAAACAGUUGCCAGAUGUGUAUACACAGUUCAGGAAGCGUGUAGAAGGUUCAAGUACUGUACGGAAAUGUAUUCAGAUGCCGGAUCAACUAAAUCCUUUACCAGAUGGUAUAGAAGAAGGAGAAAUACCCAGCAUGCAACAGCUUAGUGUUGAAGAGAUUGCUGCUGAUUCCAGAACAGCUUUCCCAUUUUCUGGUGGUGAGACUUCUGCACUUGAACGUGUCUGUAACUUUCUCUGGGAGACAGAUGCUGUGGCAACAUACAAGGAAACAAGAAAUGGAAUGAUUGGUGCUGAAUACUCUACAAAAUUUUCUUCAUGGUUAGCACAUGGUAGUAUCUCCCCGAGGUUUAUCUAUUAUGAGAUUAAACGGUAUGAACAAGAGAGAGUGGCAAACAAUUCCACAUACUGGGUAAUAUUUGAGCUACUUUGGAGGGACUAUUUUAGAUAUGUAGCACUAAAGUAUGGAAACAGGCUGUUUUAUUUAUCAGGAAUACAAGGGAAACAGGUGCCAUGGAAACAGGAUCAGGCAUUGUUUCGAGCAUGGAAAGAGGGAAGAACUGGUGUACCGUAUGUAGAUGCCAAUAUGAGAGAGCUAGCAGCUACAGGUUUCAUGUCAAAUAGAGGGAGACAGAAUGUAGCAAGUUUUCUUACCAAAGAUCUGAAGUUGGAUUGGAGAUUAGGAGCAGAAUGGUUUGAAUCUAUGUUGAUUGAUCAUGAUGUAUGCAGUAACUAUGGUAAUUGGUUAUACAGUGCUGGAUUAGGUAAUGAUCCGAGAGAAGAUAGAAAGUUUAAUAUGAUAAAACAAGGUCUUGAUUAUGACCCAGAGGGAGACUAUGUGAGGUUAUGGGUACCAGAGUUACAGAAUGUGUCAGGUGGUAAUGUACACACUGUGUGGACAAUGAGCAAUAAUGCCCUAGCCAAGUUGGGCAUUUCCCUCGGGGAAACCUACCCUAAUCCUAUAACUGUAGCUCCAGAGUGGAGCAGACAUUAUGGUAAAUCUGGUGGUGCUAGUGCACGAGGUGGUGAAGGUGGGCGUGGUAGGGGAGGGUACAGUGGUGGUGGCCAAAGUCAUGGACAUAGUGGAAGGAAAGAAUCUGCUGGACAAAAACGUGGAAUGGAUUUCUAUUUUAAAGGAUCAUGAUAUGGGAACUUGUCAGAAUGUGAUGAUAUAGAAUAUUGGUGAAGUCCUAACAAUCAUAUUGACGAGACUUAUCACAUGAUGACAUUUUGGUGAUUUAGGAUGAUCAGUUAAAUGAAGGGACAAUUGAAGGAAUAUUUAUUUGUGUUUUUGAAACAUUUGUCCAUUUAGUAUAAAAAUAACUUAUAUUUGGCAUUAUCUACAAGUGCAAUGACCGUUUAGCUUUUAAUUGUUUGACGGAUAUUAAAUUUUAAUUAAUUACAGUUGUAUUUACAUAUACAUUGUAUUUAAAAAAAAAUUGCUUGCAAUUGAAAGUUAAUGUCCUCUCUUAAAAUGUUUACUUUUUGAUGAUAUUAAACAUCUACCUCACAGAUAAUUCAUCAUAAUUGGUAUUAUU